UGAUCAUGAUUGAGCGCAAACUCCUAGUGUCAACGCAACCAUGAAACCGGCCACGACGACCUUCUUCCUGGUUGCACUCGCGGUCCUCGGCCACCUACCAGCGGAGUCCGGUGCGGAGCAGCAGAUGAACCUACAGCUGGAGCGCUUCGAGCAGAUCGACGGCGCGGACAUGAUCGACUCGUCCAAGCUGCGCGUCCGCAAGUACAACCGAACCGCGUUCAUCCUGGACGGCACGGUCGAGCUGUUCAUCGAUCUGGACAACGCGUACGAGGUCACGGUCAAGGUCGCGUACAGCACCCUCGGCAACAACCAGUUCAACGAGUACCCGAUGAAGCUGCCCCGGAAGAGCAUCUGCGCCUUCAUGGUCGACGAGUACGUCGAGUAUCAGUACAUCUGGGCCGACAGCACCAACCUGCCGCACGUCGAAAAGGGAACCGAGGAGUUUUGUCCGUUUCCGAAGGGCGAGUACUGGUUCAAGGAGCUGGUGCCGGAUUCGUCGUUUCUGCCGCCGGUCAUCCCGGCCGGGCUGUGGCGCAUGACGUGGGAGUUUCUGCGCCCGAACGACGAGGUCGUGAUGCAGCUGCGGUUCUUCUACCGGGUCACGAAGGGGAAGGCCAAGUAGGUGAGGUUAGGUUUAGGGUGUCCGGGAAGCAAAAAUGGUGGUGUUGGAUAUUCAUGUCAGAUUUGGCAAACAAAAUAUAAUAAUAAAAUAUAAUAAAAACAAAGUAUGCGUUUCAUA